AUCCCGAGAAAGUUUCUCGGGAUCCCGAGAAACUUUCUCGGGAUCCCGAGAAACUAUAGGUAUAUAUACUUCUGCAUCUUUUUGGCUGUAUGGAGAAACGACAAUGGAGGACGCCCACCCAUACGAGAGGUUUAUUGAAUUUUAUUUUGAAAUCGGCCUAAAAUAUAAGGACAUUCAAGCAGUGCUUAGCAAAAGGCACAGUUUUCACAUCAGCGAGAGACAUCUCAAAAGGAUUCUCAGCGCAAGGGGACACACUCGUCGCAAGUCAUACUCUGACCUGGCCGUCCUGAUAGACUUCAUACACAGUGAACUACAGUCCUCCGGAAUGCUUCAUGGAUACCGCUGGAUGUACACGAAAUGCAGAGAACAUGGGCUACAUGUGAGGAAGGAGGAUGUACGCUUGGUGCUGAAAGAGCUGGAUCCCACAGGAGUGUCACUAAGACAGGCAAGGCGUCUUAGAAGGCGGAACUACUUCUCUAAAGGGCCCAAUUUCAUCUGGCACCUCGAUUCCUACGAUAAACUGAAACCAUAUGGCAUUUGUAUCAGUGGGAGUAUUGAUGGUUUUUCUCGGAAAAUUGUCUGGCUAAAUGCAUAUACCACAAAUAGUGACCCAAAGCUGAUCGGAGGAUACUAUAUUGAGGCCGUACAGCGUUUAGGAGGCUGCCCCAGAGUAGUGAGAGGCGAUCCUGGAACUGAAAAUGGUCAUGUCAGAGGUUUUCAGCGUGUCCUCGUCCCAACCAAUGCAGACGACCCCCUCGAUAGCUACUUGGAAGGAGCCAGCACCGCCAAUCAAAGAAUCGAGUACUGGUGGAGGUUUCUUCGAAGCGAAUGCGUGGAGUUUUGGUUGUGCUUGAUUUCCGACCUGCCAGACAACGGUUCCUUUGAUGGUGGUUUUCUGGACAAAAGCCUGCUUCAGUUUUGUUGCAUGGGACUCAUCCAGGACGAGCUUGAUGACACUGCCAGCGUUUGGAACGCACACUCCAUCAGGCCAUCAAAGAACUUGAAUGUCCCAAGUGGUCGACCCAAUGUCAUGUACGCCCUGCCUGAACUCUAUGGGACAAGAGACUUUCUUUCCGCUGUUGAAGAUGAACAUGUUCAUCUCUGCAAACGUGAAUGUACCUUCCGGUUGACCAUACCUUGUGAUCCUGACAUGUUUGAACUGUGCAAUAUUAUUAUGACCGAAUCCCAUCUGACACCACCAACAGAUCCAUAUCAGGCUUUGGACUUGUAUAUGCACCUGAGAGACACCAUACGGGCAUCUAUUUAAAGGGGAACUAUUGUGCACCUUCCAGUGUAAUAUUUUAAGUUUUUAUACCUUUUCUUAUCUAUACUUUUCUCCGUGGAGUGAGGGUUUUCUUAUAAAAAUCCUUUUCAGAGCCCCCAGAACUGUUUUUAACAUGGAAUCAACAGGGAGCCAAAGUCACAAAAGCCGCAGUUUAUUUUUUUUAAUUACAAGAAACAUUUUAGGUUUAUUUCAAUUAUAUUUUGCUAAAACCAUAAACUCGGAGAUUAAACUCAUGGCUUUCCUGUAAAAUUUAAACAUGCUACACAUUACAUAUUUUGCAAAUUGUUAUCAAUUAUAAAUGACACAUUUUUUCCCCUACUGAAAUAUGUUUGACUUGAUGUCCUUUGUUAAAGUCAAGUAAUGCUUUUUGAUGACACUGUGAGCAUCUGAUGUGCAUUUUAGUUGCCAUUUAUAACAUUGUUAGGAGCAAACAUGUCUGUAAUUGAAUUCAAAGAAAAAUCUCAGUGUACUUACAAGUAUGUAAUAUUAAGAUGGAUGUAGAUCAAAGUCUUGAUUUAGUUUUAUCUGUAAGAUGACUUGAACACUGAUUGACAUGUUCACCACUGAUAGCAUAUGUUCUAGAAAUGAGACACAGAACUUGUGUGGGGAAAAUUAUUUGGGCUUCUAUUAUUUAAUAUAAAGAAGUUGCAUGUAUGACAAAUGUAGAAAUAUAUUUCUGAAUACACAAAACAUUUUCUAGCACGGAUGUCUGGAAGUGCUACAAAAAAUAAAUAAAAGCUGGUACAAGCAC